GCAGGAUGCCACAUUUUUCCAGGAUGUUGAACAAUUAUUUGACAACAUCAGACCUUUUCCAUUUGAAAGCUAUUUUGAUUUCACCCCGUAUGACACCAUCUUCAGCUCGUGGCGGACUCUGCAGCCUGACUUUCACAAGCUGGCUGAAUUACCUCACACCAUGAUGGUUCCCAGAGUCGAGGUGUUCUGCGAUGAAUCGAAGCUAACUCUGCUGGUUGAUAAGAGAUUCAAUGGUGUCGUACUGACCGGAGAGGAGCUACAGCUGGGUGGGGGCUGCUAUAGCAACAGCGAGCUACCAAACCAAUUUGUCUUCACCUAUAGUUUGGAUGAGUGUGGAACCACACCUGUGAUGCAGAAUGGCUUGGUGAUGUUUAGCAACUCUCUACACUUGAAUCUCAAAAAACCUCUCAAAACAGUGUGGCAAUCUCCCUCCACUGUGGACAUCUCAUGCAUGCCUAAAAGGUCAUAUCCAAACUUCUUUGACUCCACGCCAUUUCCUGAGACUGGCAAAACCUUUAACAUCAAAGCUAUGAAUCCAACUUGGACUGGUAAUGCAGAAACUAACAUCUACAAGCGAGGGCAGGUUGUCAACCUCCAGGUUUCUGCCAAAAUCAGUUCUGAACAGAAGCAGCUUUUCAUCCACUCCUGUUUUGUCUCUGCGUUCCCUGAGCCUCAGACUAAACCCAGGCAUGCAGUCAUAAUGAAUAAAGGAUGCACAGCCCCGUUGUGUUCUUCUCAUGCUGUGAUACAAUUCGUAGCCUCUGGCAGAGCAGAUGUAGUGAAUCUUGUUCUGAACACAUCUAAUCUUAUUUCUGAGUUGUACAUCCACUGCAGUGUCCUCAAAUCAGACCAUGGUGUCAACACUGGUUCUAAAUCCUGCAACUAUAACAUCAUGCAAUCAAGAUGGGAGGACCUGAGAGGAAAUACAGAGGUCUGCGAGUGCUGCAUCGCGAAGUGUAGAGGCCUGUCAGUCAAGCACCUGUCUGAAGAUGCUAAGGCUAUCGUCAGCACUGGCCCUUUGGUUGUUGUGGACAAACGUGUAGAGAGGAGUCCUCAGCCUACUCUUCCUGAAAUGCAAGAGACCACCAGUGCUCCGCAUCCACGCUCCAUGCAGUCUGAUGGUGCAGCAAUUGUUUCUGGUACUUCCUUAUCAAGACCCCCUCAGGGUGUGGUGGUUGUCAGUCAGGACCCAGUUGCCAGGCUGACACUUUGGCUACCUGGACAGGUCCAAGAUCCUCAAUAUGGAGAGAUUAAGGUUUCUGAAGACAAGUUGACCGUUAAGUUACAGGCAAGAGACACCACAUCAAGAUACAUUCCUGAGCAGCGACCUUUAACCUCAUAUCAGGAGCCUCCUCUGAAUGCACCCACCAACAAGAUCAGAGAUCACGGUGCAAAUGAACUAAAAGACUUUCAUAUUUUCGAUUUGAAUCUUCUUACACCAGUUGAUGGAUGGCCAAUUCCUACACAGAUGGAAAAAGCAGCUUUUGCAGAUGAAGCUCAAAUAAAAAAGCUUUUUGGAAGACCUGGAAUGUUUGAGGCUCCACAAGAGGUUGACAUUCCACUGAUAGCGGAAAUGACUUUGAAUAUCCUUAACCAGCAUGACUUUCACCAAAUGAGAGAUGAGCUGGCAGAAGAAGCUGUGAUGCCCAGAGAUGAAGCGACUGAUUCAAUAAUUCGCUCAAAAGUUCAGUUUUCCAAAGGCAUGGAUGGAUCCCAAACAUUGAGUUAUGAAGAAGAAGUGAUGAGGGAGCAAGAGGGAAAAGGUGUGACCAGUAGAUUUUGGAUGGAUGGGAAUAAAAGGAAACCGGAGACCAAGCAGAGAGGACUGCGCUCGACUUUCCUGGAUUUGAUAAGGAGUAUGGACAAGGCAGAAUAACUGUAUUUCAAGAAUAAUCUAAAAUGGCACUUUAACUGAAUAAAUCUAUUGAGCAAU